AUGGCAAAUGAGAAGUGUGGUAUAUGUCUUGAUAAUGUUGCUAAGUACAAAUGUCCAAAAUGUGAAGUGAGGUAUUGCUCUUUGGCUUGCUAUAAGGAUUUGCAGAAGCAUAAAGAUCCGGAUAUGGAAGAGACAUCGCUACCCGUUGUGUCCGAGAAACCUGUAACAAGCGAGUUCCCGACGGAUGAGGGUACUCAUGACAAGAAUACUCUUCCUCUUGCCACGGCAUCGUUGGACAGGAUUUACGAAGAGAGCCCUGAAUUAAAAGAACUACUUGGGUACAAUACUGUGAAAUUCCAUUUGGCAAAAGUCUGCAGGAUUUUGGCCACUGAUGUUGCUGAUACUGGUGACUCCUGCAUGAAUAUGAGCAGCGAUAUGAGCAGACAGCUCGCAAUAGAUUACUUGAAUACUCUGCGGUAUGGCGGCAUUCACUAUAACGAAGCAAUCGAAGAAUUUUGCCAAAUAUACUUGUCAAAGGUAGAGGAAGGCAUAUAG